GCUAAGCUGAGCUGUCGGGUACAACUCAUUCCCCUCAUUCCUUACUCCCUCCGCAUUUCUCAUUUACCUUGCAUUCCCAAAAUUUUACUUCUUAUAGAAUGACCAAACUCUGAGUCCUGAAUCACGUAGGGUGGACGAUCAACAAAGAAGCAACUGAUCCACCCAGCUGACCGGAGGCGGAGCAAGCUGCGAGAAGCUAUCCGACUCACGCCUCAUUGAGAGAUACCCCAGGGCUCCCGAUCUGUACACUCAUCCCUAUAUAGUCGGCUUUUCAAGCGCCGACUAUCACUGUCAGCACACAUCAUGUCUGGCUCCAACGGCCAAACACACCAGCACAUCGACAAGCGGGAUUUCGACGCGCACCGACCUUUGUUGCUGGCUUCGGAUCAGGAAGCCUCGAAUGAAGAGAGGGUUCCAGAUUCGGCUCGGUCACGACCGAUCUCUCACUACUCACGCCACUCCAGGGAUAGCGGACGGGGAGGGAGCGAUGAUGGGCUAUUGAGCGAUGUGGUUGAGGGAAUAGUUGAGCGGGAUCGACGGAAAAUGCAGAAGGAGGUGAUUCGCAUGAUAAGCUUUGCUUGGGGAGUUGUUACCUGUCUUGGAGCGGGAAGUAUUACCGCCUUUUCGCUAUACGGCCAUCUCCUCCUUACACGACUUCGAUAUACCCAGCUCCAAGUCAAUGCAGUAUCGAUUGCCGCCGAGAUUGCUAUGUACUUACUCGUCCCGCUAUUCGGCUAUCUUUGCGAUCGAUACAGUCCAUCGCCGCUAGCUUUAUUCUCAGGACUUCUCUUCGGAGUGGGAUAUCUGCUUGCUGCGCUGACGUAUAGGAGCGGACCUCCCGUUGACGUUGGCGGCUCCGGCUGGCCGUUUUGGGUGAUGAUAGUGGCAUUUAUUGCCAUUGGCAUGGGCACCAGUUGCAUGUAUCUGGCAGCCGUGGCAACGUGCGCCAAGAACUACGGCAGGGGGAAACACAAGGGAAUCAUGCUGGCUAUUCCCAUUGCAGCGUUCGGUCUGAGCGGCAUGUGGCAGAGUCAGCUUGGAACGUAUGUUCUGCAUGAGACAAAUGCGGACGGCAGCCGCGGCGACGUGGAUGUGUUUCGGUACUUCAUGUUCCUGGCGAUCCUAUUGCUAGUGAUUGGGUUUAUAGGCACAUUUGCGUUGCAAAUCGUUGAUGGUGGUGAGGAGAAGUAUAUUGAUGAGACUGUUGAAGAGCUGGAGCGAAGCGGAUUGCUUGAGGAAAGCGAAUUCUUCCGGCCGCGACAUGAGGUCAGAGCCGCUGCUGAGUAUGGAACUUUUGCUGGUGAUGACGACGACCGUUCUAUCACUCUCUCCGAGGAGGAGCGGGAGCAGCAACGACUUGAGAAAGAGAGGGAAGAGGAAGAGCGUCAGAAGAAGAACUGGUUGCUCAAUUAUGAAACCCGCAUCUUUCUUCAAGAUCCUACAAUGUGGUGGUUGGCCGCCGGUUUCUUCUUGGUGACUGGACCAGGGGAGUCAUACAUCAAUAAUCUCGGGACUAUCAUUCCCACCUUGACUCCUCCUUCCUACGAGGCAGAUGCUUCGCCUCCCGCUGGUCUUCCUUCAACCCAUGUCACUACCGUUGCCUUGACUUCAACAAUUGCCCGCCUUCUCACCGGCUCUCUAUCAGACUUCUUCGCACCCCCCGCUACACAUCUCUUCCCGCCUAUCCCUGAGGGUGCCCGGCGCCGAUCUACCACUCCAUCCGACAGCCGCCUAACGAUCUCCAGGAUGGCCUUCCUCCUCCCUUCAGCCUUCCUACUCUCAAUUGGCUACUUGAUUCUGUCAACACCAAUUCCCCUUCAGGAACCAGCCAUCUUCCAUCUCACAACCGCCUUGGUCGGCUUCGGCUAUGGUAGUGCGUUCUCUCUGACGCCAAUUAUAAUUUCGGUGGUAUGGGGCGUGGAGAAUUUUGCUACGAAUUGGGGUAUCGUUGCUAUGAUGCCUGCCCUCGGUGCUGCACUUUGGGGCGUGGUCUACUCCACUGCCUACCAGAAUGCAAUUGAUGCAGGUGCUGGUUUCGGCUCCUCUGAUGGUCAGUGCCAUGGCUGGAGGUGCUAUGGACUGUGGGCUGUGGGUUGCACUGUCAGUGUCUGGGUUGCUAUUCUGGUUUGGGCAGCUGCUUGGAGGGGCUGGAAACGGAGAGGAGUCGUUGUUUGAGUGGUAUAUUCUCUAUACUUUCGGGAUCUUAGUGCUGGCGUUUACUAUGAUGCAUUUCUUGGCGACGGAGUAUUUGGGAGUGUAAUGAGCGAUAAUGCAUUUGGGUAUUUCUUUGAAUUGGAGUAUUCUAUACAAUCAUCACAUCACCGCUUUGUCGAUGCAUGUGUGAUGCCCAAGGCCCUGUCCUAGUUCUUCUGUUCAUGAACCUCUGUCAUCGUCGUUUCUUCCGCGUCUCUCUGGUCCUCAACGGACUUGAGAAAGUCCACGGUGGGUGUAUCAAACUUCCUAUCGAUAUCCUCAAGCUCCAGACGACUGGUCUCUGGAAUGAAGAAGAACCCGAAGAGAAUGGCCACAGCCGAGAGGGAGCCAUAGAUAAAGCCCAAUUUGCCACCAAGAUAAAUAUGUCCUGGGGUAUCAGCCG